AGACGGACGCACGCGUAAAUAUUUUAAAAAAAUUAGUUUUUAUUAGACAUUACGUCAAUAAGUUAGUGAAAUUGUGACAAGAUAUAUAAAAUAAAUUAAUUGCCAGUGUUUUGUACUUUCCGUCGAGUUAAUUAGUCUAGUUUUCAAAUUAAUUGACCACGUGUUUUAAGAAAAUCGUGAAGACAGUCGUAAAUAUUUUAAAAGAAAAUAUAUUAAUUAGACAUUACGUCAAUAGUGGAAAUGGAUCUGCUAGAAUUGCCAAUUGCCAUUCUACAGGAAGAUGGAGUGUACAAUGAUUUGAGUCAGCAAAAUGGAGAAAAUUCAGCUGCUGAGAUGAGUCAACAAAAAAAUAACUUCAUAUAUGAUAAAGGAUUUUUCUUCUGUGGCCACUGUGGAGUACGAUUCAGCACAAAGGAGGAAGUAAUGCAACACAUGACAAUACAUACAGUUCAGGAUUUGAAGCGUAUGGAUUGUAAAUUUUGUGAAGAAGAGUUUAUCUCAGAAGGAGCUUACACACAACAUCUGAAGACUGCACAUUCUAAUGGUCCAGCUUUUCCGUGCAAGAAGUGCAGGGUCAUUUUAUCCAGCUCAAAGAAAUUGAGAGAUCAUAUGAUAUUUAAUCAUUAUAGUGGCAAGCUGUUUGUGUGCAAGAUUUGUAAAGCUCAUUACAAGGACAAAAAAGAUUUCAUUCAGCAUGAAAAUUCUGUUCAUUUCAACUUACCUUAUGAAUGUGACUUCGAUGGAAAAAAAUAUGCAAGGAAACCUAAUUUAAUUAAUCAUAUGAUCACAUCACAUAUGAUAGACUUUGAGUUAUUCAAAUGCGAAGAAUGUCCAUAUACAUCAAAAUUAAAAUAUCUCAUUAAUAUACAUAAGAAGACACGACACUCAAAGAUUGCUUUUGCAUGUUCCUAUGCUGGUUGCUCAUUUGUUACUGCAAACAAACUAUACCUUUCGCAGCAUCGAUCGAAAGUGCAUGAUAAGAAGACCUUUGAAUGAAUGCAGUGAAUGUGGACACAAAUUCGGUUUACAAAUCUGUUUAGGAAACCAUAUCAAAAACGGACAUCAAAGUCAGCUUUUCGAGUGCGAUCUCUGUGGACAAAAAUUGAAAAAGAAAAAUUCAAUACGAGUCCAUAUGAACUGUGUACAUUUGAAGUUAAAAGAAUUUACAUGUCCCAUAUGUAAAUUAAAUUUUGCUAGAAACGGUUAUAUGAAACAACACAUUGCUAUCAUACAUGAUCGCAAGCGCAAUAGAGUUGGAGUAAAGUAUGAAUGUUCUGAUUGCCAGUUAUCAUUUGGCACAAAGAGAGAACUAAAUCAACACAGAUUACUGCAUAGUAAAGGAAAAAUCUUUAAUUGCACAAAAUGUGAAAAACAAUUUGUUACUAUAGGACAAUUGUGUAAGUUAAUUUUGUCCCAACUUUCAAUAAAUUAAACAGCUAAUAAACAAUUUAUAUUUUAUUUAGCGUGGCAUCGUAAAACUAGCCAUAAUAA